AUGCAGGCGGCGCGCAAAACUGCACCUAGCGUACCUCUGAAGAAAACAGUUGCCAGGAAUUCAUCAGCUCUGGGAUCUUCGUCACCUCGCGUAGGAACUCCGACGCGCAGCAGUCCAUUGGCAGCGAAACCAUCUUUACCGGCGCCUAAUGCGAGCCCUCCUUCCAAAAAUCUCACUGGGCUAGCGAGAGAAAGCUCUCUGACUAAGCAAGUUCGUAUUGAUCAAACGGCGGUUCGCAGCAUCCAAAUUGACAUUACAAAGGCAGAUAGCGUCCUACAGCAAUUGGAGGCGAGCUUACAAGACCAAACGGAUGAAAUAAUGACAAAACUGGAAGAAAUGUCUGUACGGGUGACCUCACUGGACGACAUAAUUCAAGGCCUGAUUCGAGACGACUUUGACGAGGAUCCUUCCUCUACUCCGAGACCGACAACUGAGCGCAUGCCGUCUCUGCCGACUCUCGACAAUCAGAAUCGUCCAAAGCCGCCCCGUCGGACAUCGACCAUGCGGAUGACGCUCCCACUGGAGGCGGAUUCGUCUCUUCUUUCCGAGCAGAGUCCCUUCGACACGGAAAACCCCCAAUGA